UCUAAGACCAGUCGUCGUUGCCAGUUGCAGAACCUAAAGUCCUGUGGUCACUCAAAAGCUUGUUACCAUGGAUGCCAUUGGGCUAACAUGGGCGGGUUCACGCUCGUGUGCUUACUAAUUUGCAAAUUUCCAGGGAGACAGCUUGUGUUCUAACCAUGUUGCAACAUAUUGCAUUAUUCUGAUAAAAAAAAUCUGAGAUAGUCGCAAGCCGAUAUUCAUCCGUGCUCAGCUUGUUCAGGUAUACCUAUGGUGUCCCAGCCACUGUCCCUGCUGAAAGCUUCUAUUUUCUGGUAACCUGUCAUGCUAAAAGAAGCAUAAACGUUCUAUUAUUUCUACAACAGAUCGUUGACUUUACAAUUAGUGUUCGUUAAGUUUGUUUUUUUAACAAUUUUUUAGUGAAUUAAAUUGAAGGUUCAGAACCUCGGGCUGUCUUGAAAUAUGACUGUGGGCAUAACGUAUUUGUAACACUUUGGAUACUCAUCACUCACAUAACGCCACUGCUCACAGUCACGGUCCACGGAUGUCGAUUAUUGCCAUCGAAAGUAGAAGCAUCCCGCAACCCCGCUCGUAGAGAACCUUUGAUGUAGCUUCCCUAGAUGCGCUUCCAUAUUCUACCGUCCAGCAAAAGAUGGCUAACAUCGAUAAUUCCGAAGUGCGUCAGGUUCUGCAUCAGCAGGUUUUUGCGCCUGAUCAGGAGCGGCUGAUAUUUGCCAUUCCGGUUACGCCGUUUGUCGAUCGUAAAAGGAUCCGUUAUCUUUGUUUGGCUGUGGGGAAAGAAACAGCCUUCGUGUACGUCGUUAAGCAAGAUCGAAAAGCAUUCCGGAAGAAACCAGAAGCAUGGCCAGUGUUUUUACUGAAGGAAAUCAACGGGCGCAGCCAAAGAGGCGAACCUUCGUUGGAUUUUGAGCUGAUUUUUGGGGAUCAGCGAAGUAAGCCUGCAACUUAUGUCUGGAGUGCAUCCACUGUUAGUGAGAAGAAUGCUUUUCUCGUUCAACUUGCAAAAUUGCAGCGGAAAUUUGCGGAUCCAGUUCAACUUGGUCAACUGAGGUUUGUGGGCCUUGGAGAAGAUCUGGAAGACCAGCUAGCUCGAAUUGUUUUGGAGAGUAAUGCUAGCAAACAGGAACUGAAACCAGCGGGCAUGCCAUUGGUCAGCAGCCAGCAUACCUUCGUCCAAGAUAAAGAAGAAAUGCUGAACAUAACGGAAAAGGAACAGCAGGAUUUGGAAAAGGUCUUCGAGCUUAGUCGCCAAUUUGAUUACGAUGUGGAUGUAUUAAUGAAAAAGCUCACUGAAGAAAUCGGCCAGAUGGAAUCGGCUAAUGUCCAUGAUCUGAUGAAUACCCACAAUGACAUCGAAAAUAUUUGUCGUUUAAUUGAUCAGUCGGUGGACGACCUAAACAAAGUGGACCAAAAAAUUACAAAAUAUCAUGACUUGGUCGGGACCGUUAGUGAUCAGGUGACGAUGAUGGACGAAACUGGGCACAAGCUGAAAGUUCAAAAUAAAAACGUUAAAAAGCUUAUUACGGAUAUCUCCGCCGUUCUGAGCGCUCUGGACUUUAACAUGACAUACCGAGUGGCCUUGAUGGAUGGUGACUUGAUGAAUAAAGAAAAACUGCCGGAAAUUAUUGAAGCUGCCAAUGUUUUGUCCCAAGUGUCCAAAGCUCCACUGCCUUACGGAUUUGAAUAUCAUCCCGCGGUUGACCAUGAGAAAAAGCGCUUGGAAAGACUGAAAGCGACCUUUGGAAACAGGGUUAUUCAGAAUUUAACCAAUAGCUUCGUUUCCUAUAGCAAUAAUCAUCCUCCCAGACGGGAUGAUUUGAUUCUGGUUAGUCAUCUGCCGAUGUUCCGAACCAUGUUGCCGUAUGCAAAAAUUGUGAGAUGGAUGAAGGAUAACUUGCCACAGAUGUACGACAGUCUUACGAAAACCUACACGGAGAAAUUGGGAGAAUUAUAUCGUUAUGAAUAUACAGACUUUUUCGAGAAAGUGCGUUCUCGCAUCACCACUUCAGCCGAAGCCAGCAAUGCAACGCGGCUAAAUCCCGAAUAUUGGCUUGGUUGGGAUGAAGAGAUACGUCUCCAGCCAUCUGACUACGCUGAUUAUAAAGCAAAUCUGGAUCAUUUUCGGACAGUGUUCCGCCAAGUUGCCAAAUCUGUCACCGAGGAACAGAACUUUUUAAUUGAAUUCUUUGGUUUACCUCCGGAGAACGAGCCACCAUCGGCCGAUGCCGACAAAGCAGAUGGAACUGCAAUUGCAGCAGGACGGCCAAAUUUAGCAUCCCAGAUAUCUGUUUAUAAAUCCGAUACGCCACUCAAACUACGCCUGAAAGAACUGUUUAAGAAUAUCGACGAGAUGCUGAUAGGGGUCGUGGCUACCAGCGAUAAGGCCAAUAAGUUAAAUAAUAUGGAAUUGUUGGUCGUUAUUCAUGAAAUUUUGAUUGAUAUGGAACCGCAGUGCCCAUUUCUCGGAAAGUGUUAUGGUGGAAUGAUGAUUGCCUUAAAGAGGAACUUUGAUAAUUACAUGCGCGACCAGGUGUCUCACGUUCUGAAUGCCAAGGUUCCUAAACGAUCUCGAUUUGGACCGCUACCUUUUGUUUGUAACUUCGAGCAUUUUGCCAGUUUUGCCGAAAAUAUAUUCCAAGGAUCACAGCGAAGGAUUGAUUUGGAUCGUGCUUAUUACAAUCUCCUCAAACAAGGCAUUUUCGAAGGAAUUAACCGAAUUGCGAAUCACAAGGACUGCAAAACCCCAGGGGAAGUUGUCUUUUUGGAAAACUAUCAUCGCCUGUCAGACAUUUUGAGCCGGUUAAAGAUCGCCUCACUAGAAGACAUCCGCCGGGAUACGAGACAGGGCUAUAACGAUUACCGCAAAAGCUACGUUCAAGCCAUGUUAGGAAAGCCAUUAGAAAAAGUACAAGUAUUUUUUGAUGGUGUCGACGCUAAAAUCCAGACAACCGGUAUUCAGCCACAUGAAGUGUCGUUCACGACACAGUUCGGAAAAGCAGAAUUGACCAAAGUACUGGCCAUGUAUCCGCGCAGUGUUGUCAAGAAGGGUCUCGAGCAGCUGUACCGGAAGGUGGAAAAACAGUUGAGUGAUGAGGAAAAUUUGCUGCAAGUUGUUUGGCGUGAUAUGCAGCAAGAAUUUAUCGAGCAGUACCAGAAUUAUCAGCGGUUAAUUGAAGUAUGCUAUCCCAACUCCCAGAUUGUCUUCGGCUUUGGGAUCGACGAUAUUCUAAAGAUUUUCGAAGAAAUUGCGGCCUCCCACUAGGUAUUCGAUAUUGUCUUUCUUGGCUACGUUCCUGUUUAGUAAUAUAUUUCUGAUAAAAGCGGUAAAUUUUUAUAAACAAUUAUCUUUAGACAACUUUCCCGGUUUGUUGUGGUCUUUGGCCUUAAGAUUUGUAGAACUGUGUGAUUUUGAGCUGUUGUUGGUUGACAGUUUUUGCAUUAACGAAAUGUGAGU